CUGGAGAAAGAAGAAAAGAACAGAAACGGAAAAGAAGGAAAGACUCGGCGGAAUCCUACAAGAGACUCAAGUUCAUCACGCGUGGAAUCAAGCUUGUCCAGCGUUUGUUUGGCGGUUCCUACUGCUCCCAUCAUCAACAUGACAAAAUCGACGCCCUGGACGCGUUCAUCCCGUCCCCGCAUCGAACGUCUGACAAGAAGAAUGCUGGAUGAUAACAUCAGUGCAAUUGUCUGCAUGAGCCCUGAAGGCACAUUCUAUCUCUCAGGAUUCAAUCCCAUCAUCUAUUCCCAUCCGGUCAUUGUUAUCGCGACUCCCGGCCAUGAACCCAUCUUGCUCGUGUUUGCCCUGCGGGGAAAACACGCCUGUGAAAGUACCUGGACGCCCGACGUCCGUUUGUACGGAACAUGGGCGGGGAUCAAGACAUUGGCUCCGACGUGGCAGCAGGCAUUGGCGAUGAUCAUAGAGGAUCUCGGAGUAGCCGGGAAGCGGAUUGGGGUUGAGGAAGGGUGGCUUUCCGUGGCGCAAUACCGGGAGGUAGCCGGUGCACUUCCCCAUGCUCACCUAGUCGACGCCAGCGCCAGCGUUUCUCUCUGCCGUCAGAUCAAGGACCCCGACGAGAUUGGAAACGCUCGCAUUGCUGCCCGAAUCGCCGAUGUUGGAAUGGCAGCGGCCGUGGAAGCAUUGGGUCAACGCGGUCUCACGGAGCGCCAGGUGGUCAUUGCAGCCAUGAGCGCCAUGAACCAGGACUGGGCCUGCAACUAUCCCGAGGUGGAAGCCUGCGAUUUUGGCUCUCUGGAAGGAGGUAAUCACAAUGGCUUGGCCGUCUGGGUGUUGUCAGGCCCGCGCAAAUCGUACGCCUGCGACAACCCGACGCAACGAAUACCGCAAGAGGGGGAAACUGUGUCUGUUUUCAUCUGGACGGUCGCCAACGGAAUCCAUGCCGAGCUGGAAAGAACCGUGUGUAUUGGAUCGGUUGCUCCGGCAGAGAAAGAGGCGAUCAAUGCGAUCCUUAACAUCCGCGCUGAAGUGGCGGACCUCCUUCACCCGGGGAUUCCAAUUCGAGCUCUCUAUGAAGUUGCGAAAAAAGGCUUUGAGAAGCGAGGGUACGGUGCAUGCCUUCCCGGCCGAAUCGGACACGCCAUAGGCCUGGGAGCCCACGAGAGCACUUCGAUCAAUGGCAGCUCGGAUAUGACCUUGGCCGCCGGCAUGAUUGUCACCUUGGAGCCGCACAUCCACAUCUCUGAUGUAUGUGGUACCCAAUUUUCUGAUACCAUCUUGAUCACUGAAGCGGGGCCCGAAUACCUGACGCAUUUUGACGGGGGUUACCUGGAGGUAUGAUUCAGGCUAUGUCUACAGUGCUAGUGGAUCAAAUGCAGAGUUCUUUCAAUAGUCGCGCU